AUGCCUCCCUUUGCAACCAAAAGCUUUCUUAAUUUGGUACUUUUUUCUGUCACACUGCGUGACAUCUUAGUGCCCUCCCGAUUAUUCCAUUUUGCAUUCUCUGCAGACGGCGAUCCCUUCAACGAAGUCGUCUUCUCCACCUCUGGUGCAGGUAGUGGUGAGCUAGAUGGACCAAGUUCCUAAUUAAAUUCAUGGUUUAGUUGGCGGGCACCCGGUAUUUGCAUGAGCAUGAGGAGCAGGACAUGCUCAAUACAACAAUGCAACAUGUGAAAAUAUUUAAAUACUCCAGGAUGUUGAAUCGUCCGUCCCCCUAAUUGUGCAAUGGGCUUAGUUGUCACGUUGCAACAACUAGAUCAUUGAUUUCCUAAUAAGAGUUUUGUUAGUGUUUGGCAUAUUAUGUGAGCGUGUUUUUUGCUUUCUUUAGUUUAAUUGCAGAGGUUGAUUAAAAUCAGAAAAAAAUAUGUUACUGGACCUCAUUUCCAGAGAAAACAUAGUUAUUUUGUACAUGACCUUGAGGAAAAUUUACUGGUGGCAGUGCAGUCCUAUUCAGAAACACUGAUCUAAAUGGGGCAUAAUCUUAGGCAAGUGUGUAUGUUAUUGCAGCUAGAAAGUGCAACUCUAAAUAAAUUUAUUUAGCACCUUUAUACCCCAUCCCUUAGCCAAAAAUGCUCUCAGAGCAGCUUACCAAAGCCUAUGAGUAAACUAGCCCUAUUCUCAGGCGGCUUACACUCCAAAAAACAAAAUGCGGGUGGAAAUGUAAGGGAGGAGAGAAAAGCAAGUGGAGGCGCAAAUUCUUAUUAAAAUUGCAAGUAGACAUGCAUAGCACUGCGCUGUGUUGAGCAACCUUGCAAUAUAUAUAUAGAUAUCUGGCAGGAUCUUACAACCGUGUUCAAGGAGACUGCUACUGACCUCAGCUUUUUAAAAGGAGCUAUUGUGUGAACUAUAUACAUUGCAAAUGUUGCAUCUUAAUUUGCAAACAGUGGGAUUUUUGUGAAAGAUAAAAUCCGCCCUCCCGCGGCUGCCUUUUUUCCCCUUCCUGCUUUGCAGGCAACCAGAAAUGCAACUCCAGUCAGCUGGUUGCUGCGUUGCCCUUCUUUAAGGCCGCCCUGCUGACGUCGCGCCGCCGCCGCUGCUGCAGGGUUCCGUAUGGGAGAGGCAUUAUGGACGUGCAAGUAGCUCCGCUGAGAUCCUGGGACGACUUUAUUCCGGGCCACGACCGCUUCGCCGUGCCGGAUUUCAAAGACAUUUCCAAAUGGAACAACAGGGUGGUCAGCAAUUUGCUCUAUUACCAGACCAACUACCUGGUGGUGGCGGCUACCGUGAUCUCCAUAGUGGGGUAAGCGCGGGCGCGUUCCGCGGCAAAGAUGGAGCGGGGGCGCACACCUUUCCUGGCCUGACGCUGGCAACUCUAGCAGAGCAAUGGUGCAUUUUGGCUUCCGUUCUCCCUUUCUCUUCUGAGGGUAGCAAGCUGCCGCUUGCAAACUGCAAAUUGCGGCUCUGCACAUACUAAUUGAAUAAAUUCCCGUAGAACUUAAUGGGGCUUACUUCUGAGAAGAGGUAUAUGGGGUUGUGCUGGGCCUCCUUGUUUGCUUUCCAUCGCAUUCGUAUUUGUGGAGAAGCUUCUAAAUAACCGGAUGCGCACUGCUUCGCUCUCUGGUUUUAAGAUGGAGGUAGCUUAGCUGUGAGCAAGACGAUAGCAAAUCCGCUGUAUGUAUCGCAAAGUGUGUCCUGCAUAGAGCAGUCCUGCGUGAAAUUGCUGUUUUAGCCAUACAGGGCAGGUGCUUUCUUCAGUGCCGUUGGCUAACUGUAACUUCCUGAGUUUAUUUCCUUUCUCCUUCAAAAUGUAGCUGUAGGCGUCUUCCUUGUUGAAUGUACGUUUUCAAAAGUGAAACCUACGCUUCUAUUAGAUUUGGAUCAUGAAAUCACCGGGCUAAUUCAUUAAGAUUGUUUAUGAAGGAAGAAAUCUAGGUGUUUCUGUGCCGCCACCCCCUGCCGUGCCUUGAAUACAGUUGUAACAUUGUUAUAUUCUGGAAGUCAGUGAUGUGUGUAUAUGACCCAUUGUUUGUGGGAAAUUGGUAUUUUGCAACUAUUCCUGUUAACCCUGUUGAGAAAUGCACUUUUAUUUUUUAUUUUUUUUUGCUUCUUUGGGGGUGAAUUGGGUUAAAUGUGAGGUACUUUUCAACCUAGUUCUGGUUCCUUCACUUUUUAAAGAAAUAAAUGGUGCUCUUACAUAGUUCCCACCUAUCCCCAUAGUAUAAUAAACUUACAGAAUAAAUCCUCAGAUGCUCUCCCAGUCCUCAUAUUCCCUGUGCCUGUUAUUCAUUUUGGCCCAAUAAAAAGCUUCCCUUCUUCGAGACAGUUUUUGGAAAACCUUGAUAAACCUUGGUGCAUGCUCUCUCUCCUAUAUAUAUAUAGAGAGAGAGAAUGUAUUUUAGGCCUAAACUGAUGGGCGUUGGUAUUCAAAACUCUAACUGCAAUUUCUUUACAUGAGUCAUGCUUGCUGGACUGUGCCACAUGGCAUUUCAUCCUUAGAAACUAGUUUGUUCCUGGCUUCUUCAGAGGACUUGAAUGGAAAGAGAAGACUUCCUAUGCUUCCAAACCAUUAAUGUGGCCUUGCCAUUUGGAACUAGUCAUGAUUCAGCCCCUCACUCACAUGACAGGUUCUGAAAUUGUUGGUUGAAAAUUUGGCAGUCUAGUGACUCAUCAGUUUGGCCUCUGCUGCACUCAUGAGAGCUAGAAGCUUCUGUUAAAUGAUUUGUGUGUUAGAAAGCAAAAGCAUACCUAAGAGCCAUUCUUGCUUCCCUUACUCAUUCACCUCAGAGUCUGAUUAAGGGGAUCAGAUUUUCACUGACCAGGGUUUUUUAUUCCUGUCAUGGUAAAGGUAAAAUAAAUGAAAUCUUCAAUCUGCAGAAGGUGUAGAAUGAGUAAACUGAGAUUAGGCUCACUUGCUUUCUCUUAAGUCUGUUAUCAUUAAUAGAGUCUAAUUUAAACAUGUUUAGCAUUUCCCCUUGCUAGAAAAGCUCUCCUCAGAGUAGUGUUUCCCAACAUGUUUUGGACUACAACUGUCAUUCACCCCUCCAGCAGGGCCUGUAGCUGGGGAUGAUGGGAGUUGUAGCCCAGGCUGCUUUAGAGCAUCACUGAGAUUUUACGGCUACAAGUGUGUGCGUUUAAAAAACCCACAAAGGAAUUAUUUAUAUGAUACUCAGAACACCUCCUUUUUGAAGAGAACCUGUGAAUAUAUGAAAAUUCUGAGCAAAACCACACAGGAAAUCCUUCUUCAGUCUCCUUUGAAUCCUAAAAGAUGAAAGAACAAAAAAGCAAACUGACUGCCAUUUUGGCUUGGUGUUAGAUUUAGGCUGCAUUCAUCAGCCUUUGUUAGUUACACUUGCAAAUCCUUUUACAGACUGGGUCUUUUACUUCAUGCUUAAAGUGAGACAAGGCAUAUCCAUCAGAUAGUCAGAAACAAACAGGACUUUCCUGUAUUCCCUAGAGGUGGACAUUGGGGUUUUUUUUAGAAAAAUACCGUAUAGCAGGCAUAGGCAAACUCUGCCCUCCAGAUGCUUUGCGAUUAUAAUUCCCAUCAUCCCUGACUACUGGUCCUGUUAGCUAGGGAUGAUGGGAGUUGUAGUCCCAAAACAUCUGGAGGGCCGAGUUUGCCUAUUCCUACCCUAUAGAAUGGAAGGAGGUAAUUCUGCUUGGAAGCUAAUUGGCAUGACCUAAUGUUUGGAACAUGGCAUUGAGCACUGGGCUUAUUUAACUGAUUCUGGCCUCUUGAUGCAAGUUUAAGGGCUGUCAUCCAUUCCAUUUUCGUUUGAUGGCUUUCUAUACAUAAUGAAAACAUCUUUCCCUGCAUGAUGAAAAUAAUUUAUAUAAAUAUUUGUAUUCUAUAUAUAUCAAUAUGUUUUACAACAAUAAACACAUAAAACCACGCAAUAAAACUGUAAAAAAGUUAAACAGACAUCAAUUUAACAGACACCAUUUUCCAUGUAUAAGACUAGGUUUCCCCCCCUAAAAAAUAAUGUCAAAAAUUAGGGGGUGGGCCAUCGCCCCCAUUUUCUUAAAUCUGAGUCCCCCAAAAUAGGGGAUAUCUUAUACAUGGGGACGUCUUAUAGAUGGAAAAAACAAUAGGCCUGGCGGAAUAUAUAAGUUUUCAGCAGGCAUUUAAAAGUUGGCACAGAAGGCAUCUGCUGAAUCUCUGCUCGCCAGGCAGGGAAGGUGUUAGGCUGGUAUCUGAUCCCCAUUAUUGGCAGGUGGAACUGCUACAUUCAUUCUUCUAGGCAGCCUCACACCUGUACUAAUUACCUUUGGGAAUAGGUGGAGAGAGGCCAUGUCCAGUGUGUCUGCUUAGUGGAGAACGGGGGUGGGGGGAGAUUUCCCCUUCAAAAUAUUUUUGAUGUAUAUAAGUCUUACCCAAAACAUACUUGCUUGGAAGAUUGUUCCAUUCAGAUUUACUUAAAAGCUUAAAAAAACCUAGCUGCAAGCUGCACUAAGUCACUUCUUAAUAAUCCGAUGCAAGGUUCAUAGAGUAAUACAGAGCACCGUUUAUUUUACAAUUUCUGAGCUUGCAUCUUGAUUUAUAUGGUUGAUGUUUUAAGGCUUUUCCAUAGUUGAAUCUUUCUGGCUCCUCCUUUUUCUGUUGUUGCUAGCUGUAUGCACUGCAAGAUCUUUCAGGGAGUGAGGAAGAGCCACCUGUGGUGUUGGCAACUAAUUUUCAUUUCAUAUAGCAUAGAAAGUACUCUGUGCCUUAACUGUAACUCCAUUAGCCUCCAUUGUUUCUUCUUGAACAUAUGUCAUCUCCAACUCAGUAUUCUCUCCCAACUCUCCUUCCCAUCAAUACUCUUUUAUCAGUUUACUGUGUUAUCAUCUGCCCUGUUGAACAGCCAUGUAGCCUUGGCUUUGUUUUGUCCCCUUUGUCCUCUGUGUUCAGUCUGUUGCCAAGUUGUGUUCCUUUCUCAGUCUUCUGUAGCCAAAAUAAAUCCCCUCUUGUUCUGAUUGCAUGAUGUCUCUUCUAAUCUGCACAUUGACUUUAUCUCUGCUGCUGGAUCCGUUGCAGGCUUCUUCCCGCCUCUUCAAAACCCUUACCGUCUUUUCUCCCCUCUUACAUUCUUCCUUUGACCUUUGCUCCACCACUUCCAUCCAGCUGAGGGUCUCCUGCUCCCUCAAAUUACUCUACUCUUGCUGCACCUUAUGCUUGGAACUGCCUCCCCAAAUACCUGUGUGAUGCUACUUACAUCUCUUCCUUCAAAUCUCUCCUCAAAACUCACUUUUUCCAUGAAGUCUUAAGCCUGGUGAACAUUUAACUCAGGCCAGCCAAUGAGGAACAUUUACAGUUCAACUAAUUAAGUUAGGAGUUUUAUCAGAUAUUUCUGUUCUCAACGUCACAAUUUAGUAAGCCUGGAGUGUACUUAAAAUUGGUACUUAAAGCUAAGCAUUGUCUGUUAUAGUAUGCAGCUGAAAGAAGGCCAGUGAAGAAUAAAACUCCAAUUGGAUGCUGUGGCAAGUCUUGUUUUUGCUUCUGGAGUUUUUUCUAUAGCUUAAGUAGCCAUGUUUUAAGCACUGCCUCUCUUACAGAUCCUGUCUCGCUUAUAUUACAUUCAUAGCUUUGCAGUGCCCUUUAUUAUCAGGUUUGUUUUAAAUGAUCACAUUUAGUUGCACCUCCACCAACAACGGCCAUAUGCAAAAAGCACAUUAUAUUUAGCCUGACAGAAGCAGGUGGCUGAAUUAGAUUUUGUAUGCCAUAUCUUUAGUCUACUGUUCUUGGUUUCUCUUUCCCCCUUCUGUCCCCUACACCACCACCCCUGGUCACCGAUGUCUGCUUCAAUUUCAUCACUGAACUUUUAACUGGCACUCUCUACAGCCAGCCAUUGGUAAUGCGCUAUGCUUCUUUGUGCCCUUCCAACUAAGUAGGAGUAUUUUUUAAUCUGUCUGCAGAAAGGCAAUUCUUUCCAAACUUAACAUAGCCUUUCCUAUAGUACUGCUGCAGAAACAAAACCUAAAAAAAACCCAUAGUGAUAUGGAAGAUCUAUUAAUUUUAUCUCUUUCAGUCAAGGUCUCUUCCUAAUUCAGGAGGCAACUUGCCUUACUUUCUGGUCCCAGAACAUGGAAGCCUGUGCUCCUAUCACUUCCCUAAAUGAACCUUCCCAGCUUCUUAAAACCAAGUAUUUCAUGCAUUGGUGCCAAGUUGUUGGAGAAUACAAGCUUGCUACAGUGUGCUAACACACUGGAAGCAGGGAUCUGAUAAUCAGGCAUGCAGUAUGCAGUGCUUACCUGGUGGUGGUACAUAGGCUGAAACCUUAUUACUAAAUCUAUUCCGUUACAGCUUUGUAUUUGUUUGGUGGCUUCUUUUAUUGUUCUUAUCGACAUCUCCGACUGCAUUGGAAGCUUCCAGCUUCUGGGAUUGUCCUUAAUCCCAGUACCUACAGCAUUGCUUAGUCUACCCAUUUGAGUUAAUGCAAUGACUUCCUGCUUGCAGUUCAUCCAACCAAGACACACUUGAGUAUGAAAUGAGAUUUCCACCGUCGGUCUGUUCCACUUUGCAGCAGAUGGUUGGAAAGCAAAUCUGUCAGUAGCAAAUGGAAGCAUGUUCUGUUGGCUUGGCUGCAUAGAGGAGUACAUUAUUUAUUUGCCUGUAGAUCACUUCUUUAUUUUUCGCCCCACCUGCUUUCUUCUAGGUGCAACAUCUUUCCAGCAGGCAAAAGUUGUUUCCUGUAUCUCUCAAUGAGACCUUAAGGCAUCCAUUUAGUGGUCUAUUUAUACUGAGUGCUUUACACUUCCUGGUUAUUCCUGCCACCACUACAAAACCUAUUCCUUGGCAAUAAGAACUAAUCACCUUCUCCCCAAGUUUGUUUUUGUACGUUGUCCGAGUAACACCAACCUCAAAUAACCACUGCGCUACCAUGCUACGAGAUGUCUUGCACAUAUACUGGUGGUGUCUGAUACGUUCAAUAAAUCUCUCUAACGAGGGCUAUAUUUAGAGUGUAUCCUAUAACCAACCUAGCUCCUGAUACCACCUGUGGCAUUUAAUGACUCCCACUUGGAGGACUUCAGAGCACACUUCAGACAUGAUGGAUUACUUGUCUUAUCACCUUAGCUAAGAUGGUAUCAGCAUUGACCGCCUGCUGUUAGAGAAGAACUUUCUAGGGUGUUACCUUCUAUUCAGAAUUAUUCCAUACAUAUUAUAUGUGCACUUCUCUUAGGCAGCAGCUGGCUGUUAUUCUUGCCAAAUGAAGGCCACAUAAUUGUUGAUUCAAUAGAAAUAAAUUUGGAGGCGGCAGUUAGGACAGAUUCUGAAGUAACAUACAAUGUUGGCAGGAGGAAGCUUUUGAAGGGACUCUGCAUGUUGUGUUUGAAAUGCUCGGCCAGAGAAUUUGCCUUGGGACAGUUGCAUAAGCAGGAUGCAGCAGCAGCUAAGGGAAAAUGCACAAAGUUCUCAGUCUUUUUAAUCUCAGACUAUCCUCUGAAAUGAGAUUGCAGAUGGUAACCUAGAUACAUCUCUGUUCAGCAGGCUCAACCGUAGUGGAAGAGAGAAAGUGAUGGUUCCUGCUUUCUGCUUUGGGUCUUGAGGGAGCAGUGUGUUGGAGGUCUUAGGGCUUAGCUUGUCUCCUUUAAAGCUUGUAAAGAUGGGGAAAUUAGCUGGACUAUGCUUUGAGUCUGGGAUGUAGGCAGGCAUAAAUGUUGUUGGGGCUCAACAGUUUCAUAAGGGCAGUAUCUGUUUACAGCCUGUGUCUACAGGUGGCUUUCCUUGCUGCCUACUCAUUGCAAAUACGUAGGGCAAGAGUAGCCAAAAUGGUGCCAUCAGAUGCUGCUGGUCUGCAGCUUCCAUGACCCCAUCACUAUCCUUGCUGGAUGGGGCUGAUGGGAGCUGUAGUUCAACACAAUCUGGAGGGACUGUGUUGGUUAUCCCUCAUGUAGACAGUGAAUGUUGGUUUUAUGAUUUAAUGACUGAUGUGCCAUCUUGUUCUCAUCACUAUGGCAAACAUCUUACCCCUUUUAACUGUGUUCUACUGCCAGUUGCCCACUUGGUGCUUUGCAAUUUGAUGCAGAUACAGAAGCAAAGAAGCUAUUGCACUAGGCAACUUCUGAACCACUGCUUUUGACAGUUUUAAACAAGCUUCCUCACAGUUACAGAUUAAAGGCCUAAAAAUAUGUCUUGAUAAAGAUUCUAGCAGGCACAGGGACUAACACUUCCAGUUAUCAGUUUUUCUCACCUUGUCUGCUUUUUGACCUGUUAACCUCUCACUUCUAGGAAACAGUAUUCAUGGCCAUUAACAACAAAUUCUGUUGGGUUCAAUCCAGACUCAUUCAUGCUUGAGUAAAACCCAUGAAAUCAACAAGACAUAACUUAGGUCCCAUUGAUUUCCCUGGUUCUACUCUGUGCACAACUGAAUCUGGAUCUAACCUAAAGCCUGCAGCCAAAAAAGUGAAGCUCAGUUAACGAUGCUUUAUUUUGAUCCAAAUGGCACACUGAGUUCUGCAGCAGAAUCUGACAUUUAUAGUCGCAGAACCAGCUAGGUAACAAAGAUAUAACAAAUCCAGUGUAUUUCUUGCACGCUUUCCUUUUUAGGAAAUCCGCUUUAACUUUCCUUGUGUUUAAUUUUGCCUGUAUUUGGGUUUUCAACAGCUUUCAGCCAAUUCAACUUACUUUGAAAACUGGAACUUUUGAGUAUUGGUUCAUUGCAAAGAGAUUUUUAGCUGCAUAGAAUAAAAUUGCUUUGAGUGUUUUCUGCCACAUAAACUAGUAAGGGUACCAGAGAAGGCAGACAGUUGAUUGAUGUUAAACACUUCCCCCAAACCAUUUUGAAUUAGUCUGAAAGAUGAUGGCUUGCCUGCCUGUGUAUUGCAGCAAGGACUUCAAAUCACUUGCCUACAACUACAAUACCUCACAUUUUAAGGUAGGAACCUGGUCCACAAUCAGUUUAGACUGUACUACACAUCUCCUGAGGCCUACUGGAAGCUUGACACACACAUGCACAUGGGGAGCUGCCUUACACUGAGUCAAAUCACUGAUCAGCUCUCCGGAGGUUUAGACAGAAUUAUUUCCCAGUCUUACCUAGAGAUUGAACCUGGGACCUUGUGCAUGCAUAAUAGAUAUUCUGCCACUGAGCUAACUGCUGUAGGAAUCAAUUCUGUUACCAAGUGCAAUGUGUAUAACUUUUAUUUUUUUAUUUCAUAAUUCUAUAAAAUUAGGCUACCUCUCAAAACUCUGGUACAAAACCCGAUGGCAGUAAGACUCCCAAUGUGAUGAUGUCCGCCUUGAGUUACUGUUCACUUUUUCCAGGCAGAACAUUCAGAAAGUUUUGCUCUAAAUAUAGCUUGUGGCUGACCAGAAGUGACUCAGACGCUGCAAACAGCAAGCAGACCCGGCCUGUUUUUAGUACGCCAUGCGUGAGUUCCUGUGAGCAGCAGGAGCAGGUGGGCAACCCAACCUGAAGCUGUGAUGAAAGGAAGAUGGGUCUCCUGCUCUUUCACAGCAGUUGUAUCAUCUCCAUUUUAUUAAACUGGCAAAGAUGGUAAAACUAGCACACGUUAAUUGUGUGUUGAUCGACAUGAAUUAAGCCAUAGAUGUACUUCUCAAGGCAGUGCUAUGCAACGUAUUGAGGAGGCCAGCAAGGACCCAUUCACAAAUCAGGGGCUUGGGCCAGGACUGGGUUCUUCACCCAUUUGAGUUUAUCCAUGGCAGUGCAAUGUACAGAUGACCGACGGUGAGCCCACAGCUCUGUGUGCCUUAGUUUUGCCUUUGUGAUGGGUGUUGUGCUUGUGAAAAGCAUGUGAGCGAGGACGGUGGCCCAUCCACUGGUUUUUAUCUAUACUAAAUGCAGUGGGCUGAAAUCUAGCAUGUGUAAAAGUUCUGGGUUAUAUGUAAAACAGCGUCUUCUGUGGGUUGUAGGCAAAUGUGUUCUGCUCACACAGCAGAACUGCCUUCCCCAUACCCCCACCCACCCACAUCUGUUCCAGAAAGGAUUGGGGGAAAUUCCUUAGAUUCAGCCCCAGGUCACAGACCUGCAGGGUGGUUGUUUGUCCAGUUCAGCUUUUUCAACUGCGAUAACUUUGGGUGUCCUCUUCCCCACCCCCACUUCCUUUGCAUCCCGUUUGAUUUUAUUUUGUUGGCAUCUGCCGAGCUGUUAGUUUGAAAUUAUUUGAAUUGUACCAUUCAGGUCUGUGGGUUCUCUGCACUUCGUCUUGACCCUUGGUAGUUUGUCUGACUCCUUGUGACGGGGUGAGCCAAGGAGGGAUGCAUGUCAUUGAGACCACCCCACCAGACAACUGCACCACCACCCACCUAUCUGGUGUUCAUGUCUUGUAAGAGAAUAAAGCCAGGUUGGGACUGGCACUGUUGCCAUAGAAUACAAUGUUGUGUGCUGCGGUGGGUGGAAAGGUAAAGGCAAUGUUGGUUUGUUUUUAAGCUAUGUCCUCUAUUACAGAGGACAUAUCUUGGGCGGGGGGGAUAUGGAACUGGACUUAUUUAUUUUUACUAGCAAGUCAGUCCUGGUGGGGUAGAUGAGUGUGGAUAAUAAUAAUAAUAAUAAUAAAUAAUAAUAAAUUAUUUAUACCCCGCCCAUCUGGCUGAGCUUCCCCAGCCACUCUGGGUGGCUUCCAAAAAAAUAUUAAAAUACCGUAAUACAUCAAACAUUAAAAGCUUCCCUAAACAAUGCUGACCUACAUCUUUCUGCUUUGCAUGCAGUAUUUAGGCCCUGGGUUCUCUUCCCAGCCAGUUAAGGAGAGUUUGUGUCAGAGGCACAGCUUCCUAUCGUUCCAGCAGUUUCCCCAAAUGCAGCACUCCCUCCACCUGCAUAGAAGUGAAUGGAAACUCCUUAUUGGGAUGCCAUUAAGAUGGAGACUAUUUCUGCUUCCGCCCCUGUUAAGCGCAGCCUUUGAGAAGGAAGUCUCUUGAGAUGAGCAUCCAGCCAUAACUGCUUGGUGUGGUCUUGAAGGCGUGUGAUGCAACAACUUCCCUGAAGCUAAGCAGGCAGCCCAAAAUCCUCUGUAUAUCCUCUUGAGUUCCCUGGAGGAAAGACAGGGUAUAAGGAUCAAUAAAAUGCAUACUUUUUUUUUUUUUUUUAAAGAUAGUUCAGUCGCUUUCCCUUGUCUAAUCCUUUCAGAGGUCUAUUGGUGCUGCAAUUCUACUGCAGUACUUUACAAAUGAAUAAUUUAGCCACUGUUAAUGGGCCAACCCCCCUCCCCAAUUCCUUUUAGACUUGACUCCAGAAACAUAGGGUGAUUUGUAGAUGCAGGAAGAUGCAUGCAAAAUGUCUUUAUGUUGAUAUAAAAUGCUUGAGUAACAUUUGGAAGACAUUGAGGGCGUUUGUACCUUUUUGUCUCUGCAGAUUUCUGAAUCCACUGAGCAUGCUCCUCGGUGCUGCUGUGGUGGUCCUGGUGUUCACAGCAUUUGUGUGGGCAUCGCACAACAAAGACUUCAUUCGCAGGUUUAAGAAGCACUAUCCAGCUGCCUUCGUGGUCGCUAUCAUCUUGUUGAGCUACUUCCUGAUCUCCUUUUUUGGGGGCGUCAUGGUGUUCAUGUUCGGAAUUACGUUUCCUCUGUUCUGUGAGUGGAAGUCUGCUUAUUUUUGAAGCAGCUUUUCCUUUUGCUGUUUUGUUUGUUUUGUUCUGGACAUUAAAUGCCAACCUUGGUAGGAAUUUUUUUUCUCAUUAACAAUCAUGAUCAGAAGCCAAUACAUAUGUUUUAUUUGUAGAAAUAUUUCUGUAUAGCUUACUGCCUCAGUCUCAAAGCAACAUACAGUGGUGCCUCGCAAGACAAAAAGAAUCCGUUCCGUGAGUCUCUUCGUCUUGCGGGUUUUUUCGUCUUGCGAAGCAAGCCCAUUAGCGGUUUAGCGGAUUAGCGCUACAGUAUUAGCGGCUUAGCGGAUCAGCUGAUAAGCGGCUUAGCGAUCAGCUGUUAAGCGGCUUAAGGAUCAGCUGAUAAGCGGCUUAACGAUCAGCUGAUAAGCGGCUUAGCGAUCAGCUGUUAAGCGGCUUAGCCGAUCAGCUGAUAAGUGGUUUAGCGGCUUGGGAAAAAGGGGGGGGGAACCCCCGCAGGAACUCGCAAGACAUUUUCGUCUUGCGAAGCAAGCACAUAGGAAAUUCGUUUUGCGAAGCACCUCCAAAACGGAAAACCCUUUUGUUUAGCGGGUUUUCCGUCUUGCGAGGCAUUCGUCUUGCGGGGCACCACUGUACAGCCGUUUAAGCAACUUCAAUAUUAAAAUUGCCAUACAGCAUAAAAAUACAGCUGGUAGCCCCAGGCAGUAUUAUUAUUAUUAGUAGUAGUAGUAGUAGUAGAUGAUGAAGAAGAUGGUGAUGGUAAUAAUAAUGAUGAUGGUGCUGAUGAUAAAACUUGCUGGAAUGAAGCACCAGCCCAAAAAUACAUUAAAUGUAUUUUUAAUGGGCACUGGAACAUCAUUAAUAUCAAUGUUUUCCUAAGCUCAGCGGGGAGGUGGUUCCAUAAUGAAAGUGCCACCACCAAGAAGACCCUCCCUCUGGUUGCUGCCAACCAAGACAGCCUUUCUCAGCUGAUCAUAGAGAUCACACAGGGCAGUAAUAUAAUAAGAGACACUGGUUUUUAUUUGCCAUUGUACUAUGAUCAGAAGCUUUCCAGAGAGUCAUUAUGGCUGGGCAGUAUCGGCAGAUAGAAUGCGCUCUUGGAGCUGAUGGUGAUAGAACAUGCAUCUCAUGUAGGUAUGAAGCGGACAAUAUCUGUUAGGUAUUAAUGUGCUUUUUUGCUCUCCCCCCCCCCCCCCAGUGAUGUUUGUCCAUGCUUCCCUGAGGCUUCGGAACAUCAAGAACAAAAUGGAGAACAAGAUGGAAAGCAUAGGCUUGAAGAAGACUCCCAUGGGCAUUGUGCUGGACCUUCUUGAACAGCAAGAAGAAGGCAUCACCAAACUGGCUGACUACCUGGCUAAAGCAAAGGAGUAA